GCACCAGUGCAGCGAGUCGCCAAUACUUCUGAUUGAGGCGGCAUGGCACCGGAGCCCUCUCCUUGACAACGUCCAGCUGCCAUGGGGGGGCAGCAGUCGAGGCUCUUGGACUCAAAGCAGCGCAAGAAUCUGGCGGGGCGCAGCAGGGCAGUGGUGAAGAACUUCGCACCUCACUACCGAAGGCAGUAUGCCACUGCCUACGUCAAGCACAUCGUCACUGAGCUCGAGCAGAGAGAGGGCGCCGUCACCCAGCUGCAGCGCAGACCGGUAGAUCUGCUCCGGGGGGAGAAGCUGCUGGAGGGGACGCUGCUGCAAUUUCAAGAUCAGAGGUGGAGCGAGAGACGCCUCCUGGUGACCGGAGACUUCCUGGUGGAGAGCAGUGACAUCAAGGAGGACCCCCCAAAUGUGCAGAAGAACAAAACCCGCCUGCUGCUGUCCGGCUGUGACAUUUGCACUUCCACUCAAGAAUACCGCCUGCUGUGGGACAGGGCCAUACAGGAGAUGCCAGGCACCGCAGACUUCGAGAUGCCCAACUCACCCGGGCCCUUUGACUACCCCGUCUUCAUCCAUCAUCCAUACCGGCCCGUCAUUUGUAUCUGUGCCCACUCUGAAGACGAGCAGCUGGCCUGGCUGAGCGUUUUGAGGAAUGCCAUACGGCACCACAGCACUGUGAUCCUGAGACAAAACUCCUUCCAGGGCAGGGCCUUCCUAGAAGCCGUCCGCCAUUACAGGCAAGAGAAGGGCAGAUACGACUCGGGGGUCCUGAUGCUCGGCUCUGAAGAGGACGUCCUCUCCAUGGUGGUCAUGGAGGACGUGCUCCCCGGGCUCCGCUCACAAGUGUUUCCUCGACUGCGUGUGGCACGGAACAGGAGGGGGGCAGUAUGGGGACUGGUGAGGGCCUGGAUGGUUGUAUUGUGGGUUAGAGUUUGGCCAGCCCGUGAGAGUAACGCCCACCCGUGUCUGUGCCCGCAGCUCCUGACUGAAGUGUUCUCGCUGGUUUGUGGCGAAGUCUCACAGGAGCUGCACACCCUGAAGGAGCACGAAGCUCAAGGGCACCCCCUGCUGGACAAGCAGGUCCGUCUUAACCUGGACCAGAUCCUCACUGUGCAGGAGCACAUCACUCGCAAGAUGAGAGGUCAGAUGGCAUCAGUGAUUACCAUGUGCGUGGCUCGCUUGAUCCUCCCUUCCCUGGGGUCCAUCUGUCAGGAGCUGGCAGGGGCAUUGCAUUCGGCUUUCUCUGCCGCCCGAGAGGUGUUCACGGACGCCUGCGACGCCAUCAUGAGCACGAGGUGCUGCGGCCGCUCCGUGCAGGAGCUGACGGAACCCCUGGCAGGCCUGCCCCAUGACUCGCCACCCUCGGGCCACUGCUACCGCCAGCUGGAGCUCAUCCCCGACAGGCUGGCCGGCCUCCAGGAUCGAUUCGGCUUUCAGGGUGCCAAGGGGAUUGUUCUUCGGGCCCAGAAUGCUCUGGAGCAGUUCCUGGAGGACGCCGUCUACACCUUUGAGUGUCUUCUGUCCCAGCAGCUGCGGCACUCGAUGAAGUCCACUCAGAUCAGUCUGACCCUGCGCCGGGUCUAUGGCCGUGUCCUAAAGAAGCUGGACCAUGACAGCGUCCUUGUGCAGACUGACCUGCUCCGAGAGGCCCUGGUGGAGAUCACGCUGCCCUGGCUGCUCAGGGAACUGGAGCCCACCUGCAAACUGGAACUCCCUCAGUACGAGGAGAUGGUGUUUGCUGAGCACAGCGCCGUAAUCCACAUUGAGAACAUCUACGAGGAGGUGGUCCUGGAGAGCCUGCUGAAGGACAUCAACUCAGUUCUGAGGGACGCACCCAGCCAAUACCAGCUCAGCCUGCACUGCUCCAGCCUGAUGUGCAUCCUGAACAGCCUGGGAGCGGACCGCCUGACUGGACAGCAGACCCCCAGCAGUGGCUCCUAUGAAAAUGUGCCGUUCACCGUAGAAGUGGCAGCUGAGAGUAAGCAGGAUGAAGGGCAUGAUGAUGAUGAUGAUGAGGAGGAGGAGAGUGAAUACGUCAACAUCGCCGCCAUGCCAGCUGGCUCAGAUGACCUCACCCGCCGCUCCCACCAGCCAGGUCACAACAUGCACCAGUGGGCCAUGAUGAGGGAGUCCGAUGCCUGAGCUGGACAUCGGGGGGCAGAAGAAAGACCACGGAGAUGGGGCUGUGCCAGAGGACCCUGCUGAGCUGGCAAAUUGUUAUACAGCUGGCACCACCAGAAGCAGGUCAGGUGGGCAAAAUGACAAGGGCAGAAGACCUAAGAAGCGACGUGUCACAGCCAGGUGCAAUUAGUGCAAAUGUCACAGUCGGCCAUGGCAUCGUCUGUCACUGCUUGUUCCACUUUGGCUCUCUCUCUCUCUCUCUCCCUGCUUGGCAGCGUCACCCUCAGGUUUUAAAAGCCAUCUGUCCCCUUUAUUACGAUGGACCACUGUGACUUCAUCUAAGCUGAGGGUCCCACCUCCCUCUUGGUGCUUCUGUCCGCUUUGAACCUGAGGAGUGAGCGCUUAGUGUCGGCUAAGGGGGGACAUGCCCAGUGGACCCCUGGGACGUCUGCUGAAUGGACGCUCAAUUCCAUGAGGCUCUCGGGCUGGGGGCAGCCGCACUUCUCCUUGAUGCCACCAGGAGGCCCCACACUCUGUGAUACCAAAUUAGCAGCUGGGACUGAUGGGAGGGGGCUGACCUUUGGACAACAAACAAAUGGCAGACAGCGGGGGUCUCCACUGGACAUUUCUCGCUGUGGACUGUCAUGGUGUUGGUUACUUGAUUUUAUUUUGGGUUUGUCUUCUGAAAUGUCAUCGACGUGUGACCUGAUUUAUGAGGUCACCCCAGCCCCCUGCUAGAGCAGGGCCCAACCUAAUGACCUGCCACAUGGUCGGCCCCUCAGGUUGCCACUGAUCUGUCAGCAAUAUAAAAGCGGGGGGCGCCAGAGAGACACGUCUGGUGCCCACCCUCAAGUUGUUUCUGCUUGUCCAGCAGAGUGAUGUCCUCCUCCUCCUCCCCUCUUCUGCAGAUGGUGGCAUCUUCUUCUUCUUCUGCCUCCUCCUCCUCCUCCUCCUGCGUGCUCACUAAUGGCUAACUGAGGUGGGCAAACACAACUCCCACCUGCAGUGUUCUUGUGUGUUUAUUGAAUUAAAAUGCAUUUCUAACUUC